UCAACCAAACACCAUAAUUAAACUAAGGUGAGGUCGACAGCUCUUAUAGAUUUGUUAAAUUAUAAGGGGUGGAGAUUCCUUUCUUCUAAUUACAUCACCUAUUUGAACUUGGGAUCUACGAACUGUCUCAGAUUCGCGUCGACACGUCUGCUACACACCGCAAAGAUGCCAGCCUUUGUUCUCUACGGCUCUCGUACCUCGACGAACACUAUGCGUGUCCGCUUAACUCUUGCCGAAGGAAAUAUUACUGACUAUGAACUCGUCCUCCUUAAUCUCCUUAAGGGGGAGCAAAAGUCCGAAGAGUAUAAGAUGCGCCACCCCUGGGGCAAAGUGCCCACCAUCACCUUUCCCGACGGCUUCACGCUCCACGAGAGCCGUGCCAUCUGCAAAUACCUCGCAACCAAGUACUCCAUCCCGCUUCUGCCGCCGAGCUCCGACGCCGAAGCCACGGCGCGCUUUGAUGAAGCGCAGUCUGUUGAGAUAUUCUACUUCGCCGACCCCGUGCAGAAGCUCGCCUUUGAGAAGUUCAUCAAGAAAUUCAUGACCGGCGGUGCGCCCGACGAAAAGGUCGUUGCAGACUCGCUGCAGGCGCUAGAGACGUACUUUGACGCCGCCGAGAAUCUACUGCAGAAGAGGAGCUACAUGGCCUGCGAAAACUACACUCUGAUCGACCUCUACUACAUCCCGCUGAUGCUGAGGCUUUUCGCAGUUGGGCACGGCGAUUUGAUCACCAGUCACAAGGCUGUCAACGCCUGGUACGACCGCUGCCUGAGUCGGCCGGCGACCCAGAGGAUACUGGCCGCUGACAAGGAGGCUGCGGCCGCUGCGGAUGGAAAGAAGUAAUAUAAUAGGUGGUGGUACUUUAGAGAUUAAGGAUACUGGCUGGAGUAGGACGAUUAGGAAGAAGCUCAGUGAAGCAACAUAUUUUAUAGUAGUG